GGCUGCUGUAAUCUCUUUUGUGCUAGACAAGGCUUCUCGAUUUUAAACCUGCUAAAUACUCUGUCACAGAUAUUCCACAAACAUUUCUUUCCUCAAGAACGCAAGUUCAAAGAAUCCAUAUCAGUGCUGUUCAUCACCAGGCCCAGAGAGAUAUCUAAGAAUGAUGGAGGUCAGUACCCAGACCCAGAGACCCUGACAGACACAUGGAGCUGUGUUAGUACCCCUCACUGGAAGAUGGAUGCCUUUGAAGGGAUUCAUGUUGUGCAGCUGUCCUCUUCUCCUCCCCCAGUGUCCAGAUCGAGCCCAGGGUACGAGGUGCUGGUGACGGGUAGCUCAGGAAUAGCCGUGUACUCCUCUCACACGUUUUUUGGAAAUGAUGACUUUUCAGAUCACAGAAGAAACAAACACAGCAGAGCUAAAGAGAGAUGUCCAGUGGGAAGGUUGAUAGACCUGGAGCCUGAGCCAGACCCUUGUGUAGUGCUGGGAGGGGGACAAGGAGAUAUAAUGCUCCAACAAGAAGCAGGGGCCCAAGGAGGAGAUACCUUUAAUGUGUCUCGCCUGCGGAGCUCUUCUCUGGAGAUUAGAGAAAAGGGCACGGAGUUCCUCAGAGAACAACUGGACGCUGCCCAGAAGGAGCUGAAGCUGAAGGGGGAGGAGUGUGAGCGGUUGUCUCAAGUGAGAGACCAGCUGGAACAGGAACUAGAGGAACUGACUGCCAGUCUCUUUGAGGAGGCUCAUAAGAUGGUCCGGGAGGCUAAUGUAAAACAGGCAGGAGCUGAAAAGCAACUGAAGGAGGCACAGGGCAAGAUUGAUGUAUUGCAGGCGGAGGUGUCUGCCCUAAAGACUCUGGUGUUGACCUCUACCCCAUCCUCCCCCAACCGCCAGCUACACCCACAGCUGCAGUCUACAGGGUCCAGAGCAACCUUGUCUAGGCCUGGUGGUCACACACGCAACAAGAGUGCCACCCUCAGUGUACCUCAACUACAGCAAGAGCCAACCACUGCACCACCAGCGAACCAAGAAGACAAAGAGUUGGACUCAGUAUUGUUUGCUGAGUUUUUGUCUUGGAAGGAGGCUCCAAGUCUGGAUCGAUCCUCCGCCUUCAUAAGCCGCAUCUACAGAGAGGACAUCGGGCCCUGCCUCUCCUUCACACGCUCUGAACUGUCGCAGUCAGUUCAGAGUGCAGUGGAGAAUAACUCUUUGACUAUUGAGCCUGUUGCCAUGACGGUGCUGUCUAUGGUCAAGGCCUCAGCUAUUGACUGUGGAAGCCCCAAUGGCUGCCGAGCACCAGUAGAGACGAAGUGUGCGCUGAGUGGACUGUCCCGCACCUGCCGACAUCGCAUCAAAUUGGGAGAUAAAGAGAGUUAUUACUACAUCUCUCCCUCCAGCAGAGCUAGGAUCACAGCAGUGUGCAACUUCUUCACGUAUAUCAGAUACAUCCAGCAGGGCCUCGUCAGACAGGACGCUGAGCAGAUGUUUUGGGAAGUGAUGCGUUUGCGGCGGGAAAUGUCUGUGGCCAAGUUGGGUUUCUUUCUCACAGAUGAAAGCUGAAGGACACCCAUGCAACAUGGCCAUUCUGUACACACAGCAGUUUGAUAAAGCAGGUGAUCGAACAUAGACAUUUGUCUGGUGCUUUAAGAUCUAAGAGAAAAGAAAGCUCCAACCCAAAGCAGAAUCACAGCACAGUAGCAGAACAGCUCAAAGAGUGAUAAGACUUCUUCUCAGUGUGCUACAUGUUUAAUCAGUAUUAUAUUGUUAGCGACUGGACCAAAUAGACAGAAACGUUUCCCAUGUCUUUCACUACACUCCAGACCUCAGGACAUAAAUGCGGUCCUCAUUGUGGAGUACGCCUGCAAUCAUUGAGGUUAUGCUUGGAUAUUUUCUAUGGCUAUUACAGAUGUUCUAGUCACACCUCAGAACAGUCCCUGUUUCUCACGUUCAUCAUAACCACAGUCUCUGAGUUUAAAUGACACAUGCACAUGUUGGAGUGUUCCAAAGAGUUUACACAUGUCAAACACUAUUUGCCUUAUUUUAAUCUUGCUUCUGCCUUGAUAAGCAUUGCUCCACUUUCUUUCCCAGGGUGCAUUACAGUGAAAGGGUGCUUGAGAUAAAGAGUUCAGUACCUAAGCUGGCAGGGCUACUUUCCCAGGCAUAGAUUUAACCUAAUUAUAGGUAACGUUGUUUUGUUGACUGUCAAUAUACACUGUGUGCACAAUUAUUAGGCAAGUCUUAUUUUUGAGGAUUAUUUUUAUUAAUGACCAACUACAGUGCUCUCAGUUAAUCCAAAAUGUUACUAAACCUCAAACAUGAAUGUU